AUGGCGUCCAGCUAUGCCCACGCCAUGGACAGGCAGGCCCUGCUGCCCGCCCGCCUCGACGGCCCCGCCGGCCUGGACAAUUUACAAGCCAAGAAGAACUUCUCCGUGAGUCACCUGCUGGACCUGGAGGAGGCGGGCGACAUGGUGGCCGCCCAGGCGGAGGAGGGCGGCGGCGAGCCCGGCCGGAGCUUGUUGGAGUCGCCCGGGCUGACCAGCGGCAGCGACACCCCGCAGCAGGACACCGCGUCCCGGGAAAGGGGCGAACUGCCCUUCGCCACCGCGCCCGUCGGGUCCGGGGCCGUGGCUCCUGCACCCUGCGGGGAGCCGGAGAGCAGAAGCGGGCAGGAUCGGGCCCACGGGCUCGGCCCCUCGUCCAUUCCUUGCCGGGUGAGCAUCAUGACCCCUCAGUACUGCUGCUCCUUCUCAAGGAAAUCCCAGAAACCCUGCUGGGACAAGGGUUCAGGGUUGUUUCCUGAUAAAGAAAUAAUGUCAGAGAAGAAGGAACACAGUGCUGACACGCUGGAGGCAGCCGGGGAGCGCUGUGAGCAAGAUGACAUUGGCAGGCAGGCUGGGUUUAGCCCCUUCCUAAGCCCUUUCCCUCUUGAAACCAUUGAGGUCGUUCACCCCGUGGCUGUGGAUUUCUUGUGGCUUUCUCACUUUUCACAUCCCCAAUUGUCUCUCCUAGAUGAUCAGCUGAACUCAGAAGAGAAGAAGAAAAGAAAGCAGAGGAGGAACAGGACUACCUUCAACAGCAGCCAGCUGCAGGCACUAGAGAGGGUCUUUGAGAGGACACACUACCCCGAUGCCUUCGUACGGGAAGACCUCGCACGCAGAGUCAACCUCACUGAAGCCAGAGUUCAGGUGUGGUUCCAGAACCGGAGAGCCAAGUUCCGCCGGAACGAGAGGGCCAUGCUGGCCAGCAAGAACGCCUCUCUGCUCAAAUCCUACUCAGGGGACGUGACGGCCGUGGAGCAGCCCAUAGUACCUCGCCCCGCCCCGAGACCCACCGAUUAUCUCUCCUGGGGGACCGCCUCGCCCUACAGUGCCAUGGCCACCUACUCUGCCACGUGUACCAACACCAGCCCGGCGCAGGGCAUGAACAUGGCCAACAGUAUUGCCAACCUGAGACUGAAGGCAAAGGAAUAUAGUUUACAGAGGAAUCAGGUGCCCACAGUCAAUUAACGACUGGGGGCAGCUGCCUUGCAGAAGGAGAAAACACAACAGCACCCGUCCUGCUUCGCAACCUAUCUGUGCUGAAAGAAUUUAAAAAAAGAAAAAGAGAACAACAGCAACAACAACAACAAAAAAAAAACACAAUAAAAAUAAAAGAGAAAAAAAAAAGAAAAAAAAAAAAAAAAAAAAAGCCAACCUUCACCCAGAACUGAACACGGGGAGCAAACUGAACCUGUGAGUGAUAAGGUUCUUCCUUCCUUUUGGGAUAAUGCCACCAUUUUUUUUUUCUUGUUAUCGUCGGGUUUAUUGCUUCUGCUCAAUAUACUACGAGCUUCUUCAGUAAAGGACAGUCUCACCCUUGCUGGUUUCCAUUUUUUUACUGCAAAAAGAAACCUCUGCCAAUCUCAGCCCACGGACGAGUGCCACCACCAGCACGCUGAGGUGCAAAGCUUGCUCAUCCCCCCGCUGCCCCAGCUCACCCUAGGAGAAGAAUUUGUUUGGUCACCGAUUUCCAUGAUAUCCACCCGACCCUCAUCCCUCCAGUCCCUUGUGCCACAGAGGCAGCACAUUCCUAGCAGUCUGCCAGAAGCCCAUUUAAUGCAGCAAGAUGGAUUCCUGCUGUCUGAGUUGCCUGGAAAACAUCCUUGGGCUCUGCAGAGCUCCAUUGUUUUGCUGAGUACUCCCGGCACUGCUGCCUCAAGAAGCCAAAGAAGAGAGCAAAGACAGCGUGGGUGUGUGAGCAGGGGGAGUGUAGCAGGGGGAUCUCUCUGUAGUGCCAAGAACAGGACUGUCAGGACACUCCUUUCUAUGCCUUACAGUUUGUGCCACAGGGAAAGGCGUUGUCCAGAUGCAUUUGUUUUAUAUAUACUGUAUAUAUUUAUAUAUAUAAGAUAAUACAUGCAAGCUUGGUUGGUGUUUUUUAUUAAACAAAAUAAAACCCAUUGAAAACGCUCGGGAUGUUUUGUGCUGCAUCCAGGUGGAGCUGUGCAUUGAAAUUCCAACCACAGCCUCUCUCAGCCUUGGCAGAGCUCUUCCCUGCAGCCUUGGGCAGCUCUGGGAAAGGCAGCUCAUGUCCUCCCGUGAGAAACCCCAAAGAAGCAGUGCUGGAGGGAGCCACGCUCCUCUUUGCAGAUUUUUUCCCAUGGGCAGCUGCACAGAACACAACAAGGAGCUCCUCUGCAGCCAGACUGGUUCAUGUGGCUUUUGGGAACACGCAGGGAUAUCCCCAGGGAAAGUCCCUCUGGGCACAAGUGAUGUCUCAGCACAGAGCAUGCCACCAAAGAUCCCUUAACACUGCUCACUCAGGCUUGUCCUACAGCCUUAACCAUUUCCCCUACCUGCUGUCCUCCCUCUGGGUUCUGGAGACCUAAUUAGGACCUAAUUAAUUUAUCUCCAUGAAGAAUAGAGGAGAUGCAACCCAAAAGGCAUUUCUUCCACGCAAAUAUCCUGAGGAAAUUAGGAUCUUUCUUUCUCCUUGCUGGUGAUGCCUGUCUCUCUCAUCUGGGGGAGGAGGGGGUUGAUUUAUGACAAACAGCACUUGUGUCCAAACUGAGAUGGAAAAUGCCAUGGAACAGCCCUGAAGGCAGCAGAGAUACUCCAUGCUCCAGGCUGCACCACCAGGGAAGGAGAAUGAAGCUGAGCCAUGAGAAAUUCUUCUGGUACUGUGGCUUAAAUCUCCAGCCUGGUGUUUGCUGCAGGCACUCUGGGCAUAUGUAGAUGUCUGACAGUGGGCUUUGAUAGUCUAAAACAGCAUGUUGCAGGAAAUGAGGAAUAAAUCUCUUUAAAGUGUAGGUGAAAAUUAAACUGGCAGAAGAUGAAUGGAAAUCCAGCCAAAAUAUUUGAGCUAGCACAAACUAAAAAGCCCCGAAUCCAAACUGGAGUAAGUUGUGCCUGUGAUUGUAUGCAUUGCUGCUGGAUUUUCUUUUGCCUCCCUGUAUGGGUAUUUUUGAGGAAAAAAAACCUAAUUGUGAUCAGGACAAAAAGCUGAAAGUCACAGGCAGAACACCAGGGAAAGGGAGGCAGGGCAAGUACUGUGCUUUCAGAAAUCCAACAUGUUCUGUUUGAUCCCUUUUUUUGGCCACCUGCAGUCUGGAGAACCUCACAUGUGUAAACCAAAAUAUUUCUAUCCUGCAGAGUGCAGGUCCAGCUCCUAGAGCCAAGUGAUCAUGUUGGAAAUCUCAGGCUGCACUUAGAAACUCUCUCCUGCUUCCUGUGCCUACACAAACACACAAAGUGUCGAAGGAUGUGGUCAGAAAGGACACAGUGCCUUUGAUUAGCACCACUCAAAGGCUGAACUGGUUGUUGAGUACCUUAAGCUGGUGCCCUCCACUCCCCUUGCCUUGCUGCCCUCCUCCAGAGCCCACCACCAUCCCAGCAGUGCCAGCAGCCUGGGUGAAUUCCCCUGUGCUGGCCUGAGAGCUCACCCUGGAGUUUCAGCUCUUGCCCUCAGUCUUUGCUCAGCUUUUCUGCAGUAGAAAAACCACCUUGAGCAGCUUUUGUUGUUGUCUGUGUAGGGACACGACUUUCUGAGGUUAUCACGGGGCAGUUCAGGGAGCAUGAAGCUCCUGGUGCCCCAUGACCCAGCUGUGGACUCAGAUCUCCAUCCCCACACUGUGAUGGUCACAUCAAGGGGCUCACAAAUGCCAGUGCAAGCCCUUGUUCAGCCUCCUCCCUUUAUCUGGGUGGUCUGGCAUGGGGCUGCUCCUGCAGGGAGACUGGGAGCUUCUGCACCUCCAGUUUGAGCUGGGUCUUGUCUUGGGUCGGGCUGCUUGGUCAGCGGUGCCACCACAGCUGACCGGGUAUCAGUCAGCUCAGGUAAAACCUUUACAUCCCCUUUGGUGACCCAGUAUUGCUUUGUUUACAUGGAUUUGCUAACCAGAGUCCAGCUGGAUGAACAGAAAUCUUCUGGGUUUUGUUUCUGAAUUGCUGAUGACCUCAGCCAAAAGACAGUGACUUGUCGUCGCUCAAGCCAAAGUGAAAUUUAAGAACUGUGUAUGUUUAAUCUGUAUUUUAUUAAACCAUGUAAAUAUAUGUGCAAAUCAAAGGCCUUAUCCUCAAAGAGUGCAGUUCUCCAGGGUUUCAGUAGAUUUCCAGUUGUAUCGCUGGGAAGUUGCCAUGGUUACCACAGUUAUCAUUAAGUUUGGGUACCAUUCAGGGGAGAAAAUGUGUCUUAAUGCAUUUUCCUCUUGCCUACUCUGUAUGAGCACUGUUUCCUCAGGCUCUCCCUUUCUCAGCAGAGAAAUAGGUGACUGGUUCCCUCAAAGUGGGAAUUCUGUGCAUGGCAGGGAUGGAUGAUUGACGAGGCUGCCAUGAAGCCACAGGAUUUCCAGAUGGAAGUGUAUCCUGUAAAUUAUCUCUUGCUUUCUGAUGUAAAAUGUACAGUGUUUGCACUAGAAUAGAAAUGAUCAUUUUCAAUAAAAGGGGGAAGAGA